GUGCUUUACUUAUUUCGACCUCUCUAACCGGAAGUUGGGUGUCCUCAUUCCAUGUCACUUGACACUGGCCAUUGAAGGAAAACGGAGCAGAAGAGCGAAACAUGGCGACUUCGAACAAUCCGCGGAAAUUCAGCGAGAAAAUCGCUUUACAUAACCAGAAGCAGGCAGAGGAGACAGCGGCGUUUGAAGAAGUGAUGAAGGACCUCAGCAUUACCCGGGCAGCGAGGUUACAGUUGCAGAAAACUCAGUAUUUGCAGCUGGGACCGAAUCGUGGGCAGUACUAUGGAGGAUCUUUGCCAAACGUCAAUCAGAUUGGAAACAGCACUGUUGAUAUGCCUUUUCAGAAUUCAGGGCUGGACACGAACAGAUCGACGCGACACCACGGGUUGGUGGACAGAGUCUACCGGGACCGGAACCGCAUUACAUCACCCCACCAAAAACCCCUGUCUAUUGACAAACAUGGACGCCAGAUUGACAGCUGCCCAUAUGGCUCAGUAUAUCUGUCACCACCACCUGAUACCAGCUGGAGGAGGACAAACUCUGACUCAGCACUGCACCAGAGCACAUUAACUCCUGCCCAGCAGGCCUCUUUCACUGGAGGAUCACAGGAGCUCCAGCCAAAACGAGUUCUCCUGCUCACUGUGCCAGGGGCUGAAGCAAUUAAACAAGAGGUUGAUGAAGAUGGACAAAAUCAGAACUGGGAGUGCAAAAAGAACAUUUCAAGGUCCAAGCCCUGCAAAGUUCCAGGGAUCCACAUAUUCCCGUCUCCGGACCAGCAGACCACUUCACUAAAACCAGCAGCCCACAAUACUGGCGGUUCUCUUCCUGACCUGACCAACAUCCAGUUUCCUCCUCCUCUGCCCACCCCGCUCGACUCAGAUGAUGCCGCCUCGUUCAGCUCCUCCAACAGCACACAGACCCUGGCUAACACACAAGACUCUUUCCUUAAGGCCGUUUUUGUGUGCUGGGUAGGAGUGGACACAUCUCAGCCCACAGUAACCAUGGAAAUACAGCCUGGGCAAGACAACAUGGUUCCUCUCAUCCUGAAUGCAGGAGACUCCCACCAGCACCAGAACCUGCAGCUCUCCCCGACAUCUCCGCCUCUCAGUCUCUCUCAGGCGGCCAUCAACGCCAUGAACCUUGAGCAGCAGCUGUCCCAGUAUGCCUUCUUCAGCCAGCAGCAGUUGUCCCAGAACCACCAGGGCCAGCAACAGACAGGUCUGGUCCAGCUGUCGUCCUCCGUGAACUCCUGCUCCACGUCAGACAACCAGAUGUCCUCACAAACCAACAUGACCAUGACCAUGGACAUGAACACGGCCUCCUCCCUCCAACAGUACCGCAGUAGGGUCGGAUCCUCUGCCAAUCAGUCUCCAACCUCCCCCGUCUCCAAUCAAGGCUUCUCACCUGGAGGCUCGCCUCAACAUAACUCCAUACUGGGCAGCGUGUUUGCAGACUUCUACGACCAGCAGCUCCCGUCCAUUCAGGCCAGUGCUCUCUCACAACAGUUGGAGCAGUUCAACAUGAUGGAAACCCCCAUCAGCUCUGAUGGCCUGUAUAACCAGACCUCCACCCUCAACUACUCCCAGGCACUCAUGAUGGGAUUGACUGGUGGCCAUUGCAACCUUCAGGACUCGCAGCAGCUGGGCUACAGUAGCCAUGGCAACAUCCCCAACAUCAUUCUCACAGUGAGUGGAGAGUCUCCCCCCAGCCUGCCCAAGGACUUGACUGGUUCGCUGUCCACAGAUGUCAGCUUUGAUAUCGACUCCCAGUUCCCACUGGACGAUCUGAAAAUCGACCCACUGACACUUGAUGGCCUGCACAUGCUCAAUGACCCAGACAUGAUCCUUGCUGACCCCGCCACAGAGGACGCGUUUCGCCUCGACCGGCUCUAACCACAAGCUCGUGCACAGGUGUGUGACUGCUGCUGCCCCGGGGGAGCGGGGGUUUGCACCUGAGAGGAAAACACCAAGAGGAGCAGAUUUCUGGAGCGUGCAGGUCGAGACCUUGUCAGGGCAGAGCAUCGAUUCCACACCAACCAACCCAAUCAAAACCCCACAAGAGAGCUUUUAAAAGAAACGUCAUUGUAGGAAAAUGCAUUGAAAUGUUUUUGAAGACUGCUGCCAGCCUCCCUUCUCUUCAGAACCUGGAAAGAUGGUUUACGACUGAUGACAUUCAAGUUAUGGUAUGAAUGAUGUUCAUGGUUCUGUCACUACUUUUUGCGAAUGACACAUCGAAUUGUGAGUUAUUUUAGAUAGCUAGUUUUCAAUUGAGGGAGCUUUAUGAAAAUAUCAUGAGGGCAGAAGGAGCUUGGUCUCUUAUUCUCUAUCAAUGACUGACUAAACCAUGUCUGCAGAGCAAAUCUACAGAAUACCUAUUGAUUUGUUAACAAAGAGUAGCUUGAUGACUCAGAGGAAACACCUUUAAACCUCCCUCUGUGCCAAGCCGGUUGUUCUCAGUAGUACAUUCAGUUUAGAUAUUAAUUUAGUGCUAAUCCCUAUGUGGUUUGUCAUAGAAGCCAAAGUCAGACCUGGUUUGAUUUUUCCCAAAUUUCCUCUCAAAACCUGAGUGACGAUGAAUCAUUAUUUUUAGGAAAUGCCAAUUUUACCAUAGUAAAUAGCAGUCAUCAGUUAUGCAUGAAAUCACAAAUCACUGUGCAUACUUGUUUUGCCUUAAUAGCUUGACAUUUUGGUUUUCAUGCAAAGAUGACUAUUAUGUAAAUGUGAAAAAAACAUUUUAAUUGUUAAGUAAUUUUUACUGUUUUACAGGUGGUUUGGCCUACAUAAUUCACAGUUGCAUUACUGUAGUUGUAUUUUUGAGGUGUGCUGAUCUUUAUCCAUUACGUCAUCCAUUAUCACUACCAUGUCACUUUUCAUAUUCAUUUAUCAAGUCAAAUCUAAAUGGAUAAAUGAGUUGUUCGUUAUGAAAUAGAAGUUUACAGGCUUGUUUUGUUUUAUAUUUUACAUGUACAGAAUGUGAUUAGAUUUUGCGUAAUGGUAUCUAUGCAAAACUACAGCGAUUGAUUUAGGACUAUACAAUGAAACAGAUAAAACGAACCCUUAUAAAAGGAGGCCAAUGUGCAAGAUUCUUAUAGAAUGCACAGUAAUGGUGCCAUGUUAUUUCUUUAGGUACUUUUGAAACUCUUUACAUUUUUCUUUCAGACUAGUAUGUAGAGACAAAAAGGCUCAGUGAGUUGUGGCAUACAGUAGAAACUCCUCCUGGAUUACUCCCAAAGAUGUGACCUCAGUGUAGUUGAAAUAUAUAUAUAUUUUUCCAGACAAUUGAACUGCCUCUAUACUAGAACAGCAUUGUUGAUGCAAUGAGAAUGUAUUUAGGUCACAUCUGUACAGUUGUGUUGUUGCCAUCUUGUCAUUCUCAUUGCCUCUCAUAUCUAGCCUUUAUGUACUGUAGGACCAAAUACAUUUCACCUGUUCAUUGUUCUCUCUGCAAAGGAGACGUGGCAUACAGUUUUAAGUUUUUAAUAUGAUUUUUUUGUUUCCUUGGCACUACAGUGACACUGCAUAUCCGUUUCGUCUUCAUGCUCGUGUUGUCUGUGCCCUGUAUCGAUUUGUUCCAUGUCUCUCCGGUCUUCGGUUCUGCAUUUAUGUGGCUUCAUGCAUUUGUUCUGUAAAAAAAAUCCUCAGUGAGUGGAUCCAUUGGAUAACUGUCCCAUAUCUCAUAGUGCACUUUAUGCAUUUAUUUAAAGCACUAAUUUAUGAGCGUUUAUAUACCAAACCCCCCUGUGACUGUUAUGUGCACUGUCUUUGAUUAAACUUGCCUUCUUGUAAAAAAAAAAAGGAAAUAUGAAAAAAAGCUCAAUUAAAUUAUAGUUAUUUUUGAAAAGUCAUAUACAGAUAGUAUAUUUAAAAGAGCUGUUUUUACUUAAUCAGUGAGUAUUUUGUUAGCUGUCUACUGUUACACCGUUUUCCCUAACUUUAGGAAAACAUUUGUAUUUUGGGACAGUGGUCAUGUUCCUGUGCUGCAGCUCUUUCUGCUAUUGAUAGCAGGUUUGAGAAAAUAGAAAUAAAUAAACUAGAAAAAUGUGUAUAAUUAGCAAACUAAAAGUUUAUUAUUAAAAUAGUUUCAGUAUAGUGUGAUUUGUCAGAUGAGUACAUUUGAAAUUUGCAGGGCAUAUUAUCACAAUACUGUGCCAGAUGGGAUCAACCAAUCAAGUAUUUUAUGGAAUUUAUAUUGUAAUUCAGUCCAGGUAUAAUUAUUAUUAAAAUGCCCAUACAAUGAAUAUAAGUUCAUUUCUAGGACAUUAUAUAGCCAUUUCUCAUCAAUAUUCCACACUAUGAAAAAGGCUAUUCUGUAGCUGCAACAUUAUGUCUGUUGAUGUGUGUCAAGAUCCUCCUGUGCCAGCAUAUUUCACGAUGUAUUCUCACGUAAUGUAAAUCAAAAAUGUUCUGACAAAUGUUAUCGAAUCCGUUGAAAUGAAGUUGUUGAGCUUGAAGAUUUUUUUUUUCCUUUUUUAAAAAUACUCUAAUGUUUUGGAUGCAUCAUGUUUCUGAAUUUUGAUGCUGUUUUUUUUUUUUUUGCAUUUUUUGCAUUUUUUUCUUUUCUAUUUUAAUAAUGUUGUGACUGCAUGAAUCUCUGUACUUGUUUUCCCGUUUAUGGCUUGGGUUUUUCUUUCUUGUAAAGGCUGGGUUCCGCUUUGUCUAAUUGUUUUGUCUUUCUUGUUAAGUAAUAUUGUCCUUUGUCUCUUUUUAAUUCAGCGUCAUGUGUAGGCUAUGUAUCUGCUAAGUGAAGCCUAAAAGCAUCAGAAAUAUGGUAAUCAGCCUUUUAUGCACAUGUAGAAGCUGUUGUUUGGUACUAUGUUUGACACUGCAAUAUACAGUACUGUAUAUGUGCUUAUUUUCUGUGCAACCCCCACAGAGUUUUAUUAUGUCAUGGUAAAUCUAGAUUAGCUUUGUAUAUUGCUGUGUGGUAGGAACUAUGUUUUUCAUGCUUUAUGUGAUAUGAUGUCAAAGUGAGAAAAUGCACUGAGAAAUACUGUGCUGCAAUAUGUCAUUGUGGCUCUAUAUUCUCUGCUGGGCCUCAGACUUUAUAGUGAGCCUGACAUCUUUGUAGGUCCAUUUUUUGUUUUGGUGUUUCUUUGAACUUUUUUGUGCUCAUGUAGAUAGCUCUGACUGAUGUGUCGCCUGUUACUGCCACCUUUUUAUGCACCAACGUUCAGGUAUCCAUUGGUAUUAUACCAGUGUUUACAGAGACAAGAGUUUACAACAGUUUUGUUUUUCUCUCCUUAAAAAUGUUUCAGCUUUGUUAAAUACUGUAUCUGGAAUAACAGACUGCAUAUGGACCACUUUUGGUGUAGAAUACCAUAAUUAUUUUGCUAUUUAAAUUUAACAGUGAAUCAGUAAUGUAACUUAAAUUGUAUGACAAUAAUUUAAAUAUUAGGACCAUAUUGAUCUAGCUCAUGAGAUUAUAUGAAUUAAUUAUAUUUCCUUUGGACUUCAUUCUUAUGCAUUUUGAAGCCCUGAAAGCACUUUUUAUUUAAUUUACAGACUUAUUCUGCAGAAAUUCCCCUUCCUAUGUACUUGCUAUGAGCAGCUACAUGCCAUCAGAAGUUUAUUUUAACAGAAUAGGUACUAUUUAGAUUUUAUUGAAGAUUGUUUUAUAGUAAAUCUGUCAUCAGCAUUGUAUCUUCUCUUUCUUUUAAUGUUAAAUCAACAGUUGAACCAAAAAGCCAAAGCUUCAAAACAGCCAUACAUGAGAGAAUACUUAGACAUUUUAUCCUUCUAACUGUUGAAAUACAUCAUCUCCCUUUGUUUUUCAAAAUAUUUUAUUGGGGUACAAAUUACUUCAUAUAUAAACUAUGAACUUAUCAAUGCAUUGUUUACAUUGAAUAUGAUUAUUGAAAUUCUUGCAGCAUAACUUUAAAGAGAUCUCACUCAUAUAUCCUGUCCACUACCUGGGAAAUCUCUUUUCUGCAUGAUGCUGAAUUUCAAAAUAUCUCAGAAAAUACCUUGACAUGUUCUAUUUUGCUUUAAAUUAAGUAUUUAGUUUUGCCUAUGUUUUAUAAAUCUGCUGUCAAACACUAUUUUUUAUUGAAUAUUACUAUAUACAUCUUAUCAUAGAAAUAACAUAAGACAUAGCAGAUACAAAUACAGUCAGGCUAUAUAUAUAGAUAUAUGUAGAUUGACUUUUGUGACACAACAUGUUAAAAACACAAACUGGAAUCAGGAAGAUGAAACAGAGUCAUAGUCGUGUACAGUCACUCAGUGGGUUACCCACAUCUAUGAAUCCUUUGUGUGCAUUUUGAGGACAGCCCACUGCUGGUUCAAGCCUCAUACAAUGGCAGCUAAAUUGUUGUAUAAUGUAUUUUGUUUCUGAGUACAGUGAUACUAUUACAAACACUGCACAUGCAUUUUACUGCCGUGAAGGGGUGCACUAUGCUCCUAUAGUACACUCAGCAACAGGAAACAUGCUCAUAGAAUAUGCAAAAUCUAGCAUUCUGCAGCACAGCUUGGCAAGUUGGUACUUUUUUGAGCUAACCCUUUAAAAAUUACUGGUUCAAACCUUGUUCUUCAAAUUGUGUUUUCUAUUUUAACUGUCAAAUCGGACCAAAAGAAUCCAAGUUGGCUGUAAUGUGUGCUCUAUUAAAGAUGAAAUACGCUUCUGUUUGAACUGUACCUGAUGUAUUUUUCUUGUGUGAAGGCUUCUGUCUUUGUAUCUUUGCAUUAUUAUUUGUAAAUGAAAUUAAAAUAAAUAUAUCUGAAUAAGCAAA